UUUUCUGAGACAAAGUCUGGAGAGUUUGGCCUUUUCAACAUUUCAAAGUUGGCCUUGGAAAUAUAGCUUGUGGGUGUGGUGGGCACAGGGGAGAGAGCUUUUACCUAUGAUGGUGGAUUCUCAAGAUGCUGAUGUGAUUCCUCCACACAGUACCGAUGAGAAAGUGACCCAGAGCUGGAGGAAGAAGAGGAGGAAAUGGCAGCUUCUCAGGGACUUCUGACAGUCAAGGAUGUGGCCAUCGAUUUCUCUCCAGAGGAGUGGGAAUGUCUGGACCUCGGUCAACGGGACCUGUACAGAGAUGUGAUGAUAGAGAUCUAUAGGCACCUGGUCUCCUUGGAGUAUGUUAUCUCUAAGCCAGACCUGGUUCGCCUGUUGGAACAAAAGACAGAUCCCUGGGAUGUGAAGGGAAUGGAGACAGUAGCCAUACAGCCAGUGUGGGAGCACUCAACCCUCUGAGGAAAAAGGCCCAAGGAAGGGUUUUGCAUCUGUGGUUCUAUGGGAGUGCUAAAGAUGUGGAGAGGCAAGAAGAGUUGUUGAGAAUGAUGAUAAGAUUUCAAAAUCAGAUUCAUGGAUAAAGUGAUGUUUACCUG